CGUGGUGUUCUGUGUCCGGUAUGUAGAUGAGGGCGGGGCGUUGCUAAGGAAGGGCGAGGUUUGGUUGAACCGGGCUGCCAGCGGCAGUGUACUGAGACAAGCAGGUGAAACGGGCGGUGUAGGAUUACUUUCCUCUGAGGGACGUUACAUUUUAUAAAUCGACGCGUAUAUUUGGAACUUAUAUAUCCAGUGUGAUUUCGCCCUCUCUGAUCGUGAAUACGGAUAGGCCGAACUCUGCUAAUUUUGCUGAACAGGAGGCACUGAGUCAUGAAUAAGCUACGGCAGAGCUUCCGCCGCAAGAAAGACGUGUACGUGCCCGAGUCCAGCAGACCACACCAGUGGCAGACUGACGAGGAGGCAGUGCGCAGUGGCAAAUGCAGCUUCCAAGUCAAGUAUCUAGGCCAUGUGGAGGUGGAGGAAUCUCGAGGCAUGCAUAUUUGUGAAGAUGCAGUGAAGAGGCUGAAGACGGACAGAAAGUUCUUCAAGGGCUUCUUUACCAAAGCAGGGAAGAAAGCAGUCAGGGCUGUGCUGUGGGUAUCUGCUGAUGGCCUGAGGGUCGUUGAUGACAAGACAAAGGAUCUGAUUCUCGACCAGACAAUAGAGAAGGUUUCAUUUUGUGCUCCUGACCGGAACUUUGAAAGGGCGUUCUCUUACAUCUGCAGAGAUGGCACUACUCGCCGCUGGAUCUGCCACUGCUUCAUGGCCAUCAAAGAUUCAGGUGAGCGUCUGAGCCAUGCAGUGGGCUGUGCAUUCGCAGCAUGCCUGGAGCGGAAACAGAAGAGGGAGAAGGAAUGCGGGGUCACGGCCACUUUCGACGCCAACCGCACCACGUUUACGCGGGAAGGCUCCUUCCGCGUUACCACAGCAACAGAACAGGCUGAGCGAGAGGAAGUCAUGCGGCAAUUACAAGAUGCCAAGAAAGACUCUGAGGCUGCCUCCGGGGCCACAGCAGGCAGCACAGCCAACCCAGCUGCUGCCUCCUCUCCCUCGUCCUCCCCUCCUCAGCCCAUGGCCACACUGGCACCUCAGGAAGCCAAUCCCCAUGCAAUCCCGCGACGGCAUGCCCCUGUGGAUGUGCUAGCACGCCAAGGCUCGUUCCGCGGCUUCCCGGCUCUCAGCCAGAAGACGUCGCCUUUCAAACGGCAGAUGUCGCUGCGCAUGAAUGACCUACCCUCCACCAUGCAGCGCAAAUCUGACUUCCCAAUCAAAAACACAGUGGCAGAGGUAGAAGGUGAAGGAGAUAGCAUCAGCUCUCUGUGCACUCAGAUCACAUCAGCAUUCAGUGGCCCCACAGAGGACCCCUUCUCCUUGGUUCCCAUGCCCAAACCUGCCUCCUCCCCACAAUCCCCUGCUCCACAAGUGAACGGCUCUGCUCCUGCCUUCCCGACUCCUCCUGUCAGCGCUGCCGCUGCUGCUGUUAUCCCUCCCUCGCUGCCACCGCCUCUGCCUGCCAGAGAUACUAACCCUUGGGCCAAGGUGCCCACUGCACCCCCAGCUCCAGCACAUCCAGGGGGUGAGUGGCCUAGUCCUACCCCUGCAGCAGUGGCUCCACUUGCAGCACCCGGUGCCUCCCAUAAGCGCACGCCGUCUGAGGCAGACCGCUGGUUGGAGGAGGUGUCCAAGUCUGUACGAGCGCAACAACCUGUAGCCAGAACCGCUACUCCUCCCAUUCAGCAGCCCUUUGCCACGCCCAUGCCCGUUCCCGUGGCCCCUGUGGCCUUCAUGCCGGCCAUGCCCUCUGCAGUGCCCACCCUACCCCCACACCAGCCUUCUUUCCACGCUCAGGCACCAGCUUCUUACCCAAUGUCCAAUGGGCUCCCCUACGCCCAGCCAAGUGUACCCGUAGUGGGCAUUACACCUUCUCAGAUGGUGGCCAACGUUUUUGGUUCUGCUACGCAGACCCAGCCGGUACCGGUUCCUGUGCCCAUUCCUCAAACACAGUUGCAGCCCUCGCCGUUUUCUACUCCGCCUUUGGCACAGUUGGAUCCCCGAGGAGUUAGUGGACCCUUUGGCAAACCUCCUGCACCCCCGCUGGCAAAUCCCACAGCGUUUCAGCCACCCAACGGAAACGCUACAUUAAAUGGCACUGAUAGCUGGGCUGCUCCCCCUCUGCCAGCGGAGCACCAAGCUGAUGCUUUUGAGGCCCAGUGGGCAGCACUGGAGAACCGCUCACGCCAACGCACCAACCCCUCCCCUACAAAUCCAUUUUCCAGCGAGCUUCAUAAGACCUUCGAGAUCCAACUGUAAACACAUACCUAUGGGGUUGGUGAGAGACCAAAACUAGCAUGAACACAUGAAGGAGAUGCGUAAAGGGUGGUGAAGACAUUAAACGAGAGGGCACCCCUUUGACAUGCACACCACAUUCGCCCCAUAUCUAUCUCUCUGUCUUGUUCCCUUGCUGUCUGUCAGAAUAUCUGUAGUGUUAACUGUGAGCUGGGCAGAGGACACAGGAGUGUGAGAUGGAGCUACUUCAGUGCAGUUUGGAGGCAACGAAAAUUUGGUGACGCUCAGCUACCAUUUUCAUUCUGUUUCUUGUGAAGUUGUAUCCAUAUUUCAGAUGGAUUAGGGUAAAGAGGCAAAUCUGCCUCUGGGCCUUAAUAAACAGACUAACAUUUGUAUCCUCACUAUAAAAUUAUACAGCAUUAUUAUCUCAGUCCUGCCUCUGUGCCCAUCAGUCCCACUCCCAGUCUCCUCUAACCACGGGGACGAACGACUACUCCUCCCAUCAAAACGACAGAAGGACUAUGCUUCCAGAUUUGAGAAGUUGUCAGAAACUUCCUAAUCAGAAGAUGAAGAAAUGAGAGAAUGCCAAAAUCUUUAUUUUUAUGCAUUAAGUAUAUUUUAAAUAGCUUUGAAAUAUAACAGAGAAAUUGUCAGUAAUCUUGCCAAAGGUGCAGGCUAGAUACAAUGGAAAUGAUUUUGUGUGUAUACAGCAAAUGGGCAUUUAUUAUAUAGAUAUAUCUAUAGAAAUUGAAAAAUAUAUAUUAAUUAUACAUAUUGAGCUCAAACCAUACCUUUAACAUGUUCUAUAAAGACAGAGAGAAGGGAUGGAUAUUUGAUUUUAUUUGUUAUUUUUUAUUAUUGCUAUGUAUCGCAUCCUGUUUUGGAUGUGUAUUCCUCUGUAAAUAAUGAAUCAUUGCAGCUACAAUCAUUUCUCAGUGAUGGGAUGGGGGAUUUACCAUUGCUUUCACUCUUGUUCUGUCUUUUUAUUUUGUACUACAGUACUGUACUUUUAUUUUCUUUUUCCCCCUCUGCCAAUAUCUUAAUGAAUGUUUUAGGGCUUUGGGGGACUUUUACGAUGAAUUCUAACACUAUUGACUGUCAUUGUCAGCCACUUGUUUUUAUUUUAUUUUUUAAUGAAGAUUUCUUUUAUAUUGCACAAGCACUAUACUGGGUGGUUGGGUUAUUCAGGUGAGAUGGGUCAGCUAGCUGCAUUGCAGAAACAUGAGAUUUAGUAAUAAUCUUCCUCGGUUGAUCUGUGAUUUUAAAUACUGGUUGCAGUGAGAGGUAGUCGAGACAUUAUUGAAGUGUCUGUCAUUUUUGCCCAGCUCUGUUUUAUCAAACCCUGUGAAAACGGUUGGUUCAUUGUUUUUUUUUUUUUUUUCUCAUUUUGUAAGUAUUUCAUUAUUUUAUUCCACUUCUGUCUGAAGAAUUAGAUCUAAAAGAUUGAAUAAAAUGAUGGUGGUAGAGGA